AUGCCUCAAAACGAGUACAUUGAGCAGCACAUAAAACAACAUGGUCGUAGACUCGAUCACGAGGAGAGAAAGAGAAAGAGAGAGGCCAGAGAGGGCCACAGAGUGGCUAAGGAUGCUCAAACCUUGAAGGGUUGGAGAGGAAAGCAAUUCGCUAAGAAGCGUUACAGCGAAAAGGUGGCAAUGAAGAAGAAAAUCAAGGCCCAUCAAGAGUCUAAGGUUAAAGGUCCAUCCACUCCUAUGGAGGACAGCGGCGAGGCUCUUCCAACCUAUUUGUUGGACCGUCAAACCAACAACACUGCUAAGGCCAUCUCCUCCAGUAUUAAGCAGAAGAGAAUGGAGAAGGCAGAUAAAUUCUCUGUUCCUUUGCCUAAGGUUAGAGGUAUUUCUGAAGAGGAGAUGUUCAAAGUUGUUAAGACUGGUAAGUCUAAGACUAAGUCUUGGAAGAGAAUGAUCACAAAACACACUUUCGUUGGAGAGGGUUUCACACGUAGACCAGUUAAGAUGGAGAGAAUCAUCAGACCUUCUGCAUUGAGACAGAAAAAGGCCAAUGUCACCCACCCAGAAUUGGGUGUUACGGUGUUCUUGCCUAUUCUUGGUGUCAAGAAGAACCCUCAAUCUCCAAUGUACACUCAACUUGGUGUUUUGACCAAGGGUACCAUCAUUGAGGUCAACGUCUCUGAGUUGGGUUUGGUGACUGCUGGUGGUAAGGUUGUUUGGGGUAAGUACGCCCAGAUUACCAAUGAGCCAGACAGAGACGGUUGUGUCAACGCUGUUUUGUUGGUUUAA